CUUACCCAAAAUCAGUGUCGGCAGCCCUGCUCUGUGAUAUUGUUACUUGGGUAACGUGAUCGCAGUCUCGCCCCUCCUUGUUUUAUGGUUAAAGGGCGCAGCAGUAUCCACCCACCCCGCUCCCUUUCUCUGCAUUCUGCACGGAAAUGCGCUCGGAGAGCGGCAACACAUAGCAUUACAAGGAAGGAUCUGCGUGAAGACCAGACAAACACCGUCUCAUUGGAAUGAGCUGUUACGGGAAUCUCUUCCACAGGCUCUGGCCGCUGAACACGUGAGAAGAAAAGGGCUGCAGCAUAACUCGGACAUCAUCUCUGCGGUAAGAAGACUUGAAAAAAGUUUAAAAGCAAAGGAUCCUGGAACACACUCCCAUCUCAUACCGUGCAUAUUUGUCCAUCACCGAGCUGAGAGGCCGUUGACAGGAGCGUGAAAAAGGCAACAGGGGAAAGGACGAAGGGAGGUAGCUAUAGAGGCGAGCGAGCGCUCAAAGACAGAGGGAGAGCAGGGGCCGAGGAGGAGAGGAUGGAGGCUCUGGUCCCUGUGCUGAAGAGUCACCCAGGCCCGUCAGUGCUGGUAUUCUCUCUGAUGUUCAGGGUGAUCCACCGGUUGCUGCAAAGGCUGCCUGUGCCCAAAGUGGUGAGGCAGAACGACCUCAGCACCUGGAAGUGGAAGAACCUCUCCGUCUCAGUGGUGCACUCUCUGCUGACUGGGACAUGGGCCCUGACCUGUGUGGUGCUUUGGCCCGAGAUGUUGAGCAACAUUCACUCUUACAACACCCCUCUGUCCUACCUGCUCGUCUGCAUCUCAACAGGAUACUUUGUGCAGGAUGCAGGUGAUAUUAUCCUGACAGGACAUGCAAAAGCAUCAUGGGAAUUCCUAGUCCAUCAUGUGGUGGUGAUCUCGUGUUUCCUGUACUCCCUCUACACUGAGCUGUAUGUAGCCGGCGCUGUACUCGCUCUCUUUGUGGAGGUCAACAGUGUUACCCUCCACCUGAGGCUGUUGAUGAAGCUGGCAGGCGCUCAGUUCUCCUCCAUGUACCGCAUCAACAAAUUCGUCAACAUCCUCACCUACAUCACGUUCCGCAUGGGCACCCAGGCCUACCUCACCUGGUACCUCAUCCACAACUACACCUGGCUGACCAACGGUUUAUUCUUCCUCGUCUCCAUGAUAGUGAUGGAUAUUAUGAUCCUGAUUUAUUUCUACCGCCUGCUCCGUGCAGACUUCUUGCCCCGGAGUAAGGAAUCUGUGGGACACAACGGGACGUAUAACAACAACUCCAAAAAGUUUCCCUGUGAUUGACUGGAGAAGGUUUACAGACCUAUAGGCUAUUGUGUUGUUAUUUAGACACAUUUUGUCUUUUUCAAACUGACACCAAUUUUCGUGAAAACAGGUUCCCUUGUUGUGUCUCAUUGCCAAAGAACCCCUCCCCCAAAAAAC